CCGCCACCGCCAGUGCUGACCUGGUCGGUUUUCUCUGGCGUAACCUCGUUCCUGGGCAUGGCCACAAUCGCCAUGAUCCAGAAAUACGGCGCCGCAAUCAAAAACCACGAUCUGCCGUUCGCCAUUGCGCCAUUUGGGGCCACCGCCGUGCUUGUGUUUGGUGUGCCGGCCGCACCGCUGGCCCAGCCGCGCAAUGUGCUGGUCGGCCACGUCCUGUCGGCAUUGGUGGGGAUUUUCGUGCAUGAAAUCUUCAAGCAUGUCGACGACAGCCUGAUGUGGCUGCCCGGUGCGCUGGCCGUGGGCAUAGCGAUCGGGCUCAUGGGGCUGGUGAACUGCUACCAUCCGCCGGCCGGUGCCACGGCGUUCCUGGCCGGCAUGGCGUCGCCAGAGGUGAAGCGGGUUGGGUGGUGGUAUCCGCUGUAUCCGGUGCUGCCGGUGGCGCUGAUCAUGGUUGCGGUCUCGGUGAUUCUGAACAACCUGUGCCGCGUGUUCCCCGUGUACUGGCUGACGCCGGCCAAGAUGCCCGCAGAGGAGCCCGCGUCAGCCAGCGGC